AUGGCACGCCGCUCCCCUUUACUCGUGGUCCUGGCUUUGGUGGUGGCUGCAUGCAGCCCGGCCUUCCUGAUGCCCGGCUUGCAGAGGACAGUGCCGCAGAAGGCCCAGCAGCUUGCUGCGGGCGCCGCGCUUGUGGCAUCCAUGCCGGCCCCGGCCCAUGCUGGUGGUAUGUUCGACUUCGGGCUGACGCUUCCCUUUGUGGCAGGCUCCUUCUUGCUCCUGAUGGCGGUGCUCAACGCACUCUUCUACGCCCCAGUCUCCGAGGAGAUGGAGGAGCGCAACGCGAAACUCCUCCAGACACUCUCCGACGCCACGGACAUGUUGGCAGAGGCUGACGAGAUGCAAGUCCAAUACACAGCCGAGAUCAAGGAGGCCCGCGAGAAGGCCGCAAAGGAGCUGGCCUCUGCACGAGAAAAGACGGAGGCAGCGAUCAAGGCCUCCAUGACAACGGCCAGCUCCGCGAGGGAGAAGAAGGCUGCCGACUUCCGCGCGAAACUUCAGGAGGAGAUGGAUGAGAAGAUCAAGGGCGCCGAAAGCACCAUCCAGGAGCGCAAGGCCGCUUUCGUGAAGCAGACGCUUGCGGGCGUCGGCCUGUAA